GCCAAGCGCGAUCCCGUCGACUACAUGGCGGCGGCCCGCCUGCAGAAUGGCAAGCGACGCAGUUGGCGGGUUGCCACACCCAUCGACUUCAGGAUCUUGUUACUACCGAUACAUACAGAUAGCGCAAUCCAGCGCCGCGCUUUGUCCACAGCGCAUCCACACAGCAGCACGAUUUAAGCUUGCACCACGCCCUUGGAUCGCCUUGGCUUUCGACGGGCUCACAAAGCUCUUGGCUGGGGUUGCGUGUGAAUAGUCGCAUCGAAACCAGGACAUGUCCGAAUUCAUCCGUCGUCACAGCGUGGUGACAAACUUCCGACGCCGAUGCUUCGAACCGUAGCGACGUUGCUCACGAACGGUGGCGUCCCGCGCGCCUUGGGCGUGCGCGAGCGCGUGGCGAAGCGCUUCCAAGGCAAGACGGUCGACGCUCUUCUGGCCGAUGGCAUCAUCGCGCCGGCGUCGCUCGGCCAGUCACUCAACAUUGUCUUCGCAUCAUGCUCGCCGACCUCGGACCACGACGUCGACCUGCGCGAGUUCGUCGAAGGAGCCCGCCACGCAGUGCAUACAAGUGUACAGCACAUGUUUAGCAAGUCCAUGGUCCAGUGCCAGCUCGAUCGCACGACGCCGUCCGAGGAGGCCAAUGCGUUCCUCAUGGCCGCGUGCGCGCCGCCGCUGUACCAAAAGCUGCUCGAUAAGAAGUCGCACUCGGUGACGCCGACGCAAUAUGCAGUGCCACAGCGCGUCAAGAAGUGUGCGAUUGUGUCGGCCAAGUACACGCAAGAGCCUGAUGAGGACGAAGUGCUCAAGUUCACGGUAGCGAGCGACCUGGUGUGCGUCAUGAAGCCACUGUCAGAAGACCCACCGAGUAGUAGCGAGACCAACAAGACACUCGACGACAAGACGGUCGAGGUCGCUGUCACAGCCACGUUUCGAACAAACAUCGUACCGAGCGGGAACCUCGACUGGAUCCUCGAGAACGUUCGCAUGGCCAAGCUACCCGUGUCGGCAUCCUAGUGCUUGGCCACGAGAGACUUUACUUGAAGUAGAAGCGUAUUGCAAAUCUCUACACCGCGCUUGGCUCUGUGCCCAUUGGUAUAAAAGAUCACAAAUCGUUGCCGUACGAUCGUGCCGCC